ACACACACACAUAUACACACUCGCAUAUUCACACACACACACGAGCACAGAGCAACACAUACCAAAUCUGUUCUCCACUGAGACAUCCUAACCCUCACAUCAAUGUCUUUCUGGUCUACUUAUUGACCCUUUGGCUUUUUGCGUCCUGACUGAUAAUGAAAACAAUAAGCUUGAAAACAAUAAGCUUGAAAACAGCUUUGCCUUGGCUGUAAAUAUAAAGGUAUUACAUUGCCCAAGUACUUCUUUCCUCAAUUCAGAAAUUGACUACCUAAAUACGCUCGAAAGGAAAGUAGGGUCAUUACGUUUAGAAUCAAGAAAGGCGUAAUAAUAAUACAAUAAUAGAUUAUCUGUAACUGUGUAACGAUGACCAAUAUACUUGAGAAGAUUUUUUUCUCUAGGGAAAAAGAAGAUAUAAGGAUUGAGACGACUUGUGGUUUAUUUAAUAGCCAAGGAGACAAUUUCUGGCAGAGGAGAUUUUGACACACUUUGAGCAUUCAAUUUGAAGGCUGCAUUUCCACUUGUAUAUGGUAUGUCUUACUAUUUUACAUCUGUGAUACUAAUUGUAGACAACUUCAAUAAACGAUAUUCCGUCCAGCUUUACAGCCACUCAGGUGUUUUGGUAUUGUUGUUCUUUUGGUUCAAAUAGGUGUUUGUAGUUGUAGUUUGUUGCUUUUUUUUUGCACCCCUGCCCCCUGCACAAACACAAAAAGUCACUAACCCCGUGUUUAGAAAGAGCGGGAUACAACGUCUCAUUAUUCAAACAGAGAUACUCGAUAAUAAAAAAAAACAAGCAAAAACAAGGAAUACAACAACAAGAACCAAGCGGUAAUCUCAUUUAUUUUACCCAACCUCUUCACCACGGAAGCCUGUUAAAUAAGAGGCUUACCACUAUCUUGCAUUCUGUGGAUCACAGCUGAAUAAGUAAUUAUUUUUAGAUCGUUCAAUAUACUCAAAACUUGGAAGUAGAAAUAACAGGAAAUGACGUGGACAAGAAAUGUUUUGUCAUACACAAAAUUGUCUUGAAUGCUGCCAACUUUAAGACUGGAACAGAAUUGGAAAUCAAGACACAAACAAAUCUAGAUUUAAAAGCCAACGCAAAAAUGACAGGGAAAAAUAUUAAACAGAGAGUGAACAAUUCUGUGUCACGCUUCAAGAGCGAUGUAUAUCAGGAAAGGAGCCGCCGAGGGUCAAGAGGACUCAGUCACGGGACAAGACACCAAGCAACGAUCUAGAAUGGAGACCAUCCCACGCAAACACGGGUCUCAUGGUAGUGCCCGCUUUUGACGUGGAGUACUGUCGGCCCUGGGACAAAUGCGUGGACACAAGUGACCUUGAGUUUGACCCCUUUGACCCCAACAUCCGCUACACGCGCAAAGACUCGAACGUGAAGCCCAUGUACAUUCCCAGCCAGCUCAAAGACGAGGUAGAGCAGCUAGCGGACGAUGUCUGGGUAAAGAAAGCCUCAUUUUCAGACUACAACCGUUCCGGGCACCACAACUCGUUUCUGUGAAAGGCGGGAAAUGUAAAAAGUAUUUGGAUUUUCCCCCUCCCUCCCCUUACCUCAGAAAAAACGUCUCUGGCAUAAUAUAAAGUUGCCAAACUAGUGUCGAUAGUGUAGUACAAUAUCUACUUAAUAC